AACAAACCUGGAGCAGAAGCUUUUGGCCCUGCAGAAAGCUCAGACACAAGACCAAGACCGCACGGCAGCUAUGGAAGACAAAAGGCACUGGAAAAACUCAAAAUAUGUGGUCUGUCUGAAAAUAUCGAGACUGUUGAGCUUACCCACCUAUAUUUAA